AUGCAACUGUAUAACUUCACGCUACAGCCGUCGUCCAACGUGACGACGGCCGUAGUAGGUCAAUUUCAAGGGACUAGACAGCAGGAUAUUCUGCUUGUGCGUGGUAGUCGUCUGGAGUUGUAUCAUAUUGACACCAACACGGGCAAAAUGUCGCGUGCUUUGUCCCAGAAUACGUUUGGCAACAUCCGAAGUGCCACAUGUUUUCGCCUUACAGGAAGCACAAAAGACUAUCUGAUUUUGGGCAGCGAUUCAGGACGCAUCGUUGUUUUGGAGUAUCGUGAAGAUGUAAACCAAUUCGUCAAAGUGCACCAAGAGACAUUUGGCCGGUCAGGAAAUCGUCGCAUUGUACCUGGUCAGUACCUUGCUAGUGAUCCAAAAGGCCGUGCUGUGCUCAUUAGUGCAAUUGAGAAGACGAAACUUAUUUACGUGCUGAAUCGCGACGCUGAUGCUAACCUUACUAUAUCCAGUCCGUUGGAGGCCAACCGCCCUUCCACGAUUGUCGAAUCGAUUGUCGGCGUAGAUGUUGGUUAUGAGAAUCCUCUUUUCGCCUCGCUUGAGUUCGAUUAUGCGGACGCGGACGCGGAUCCUACAGGCGAAGCAUACUACCAAACGGAGAAAUUACUUACUUACUAUGAGCUCGAUCUUGGGCUAAAUCAUGUUGUUCGUCGCUGGUUGGAGCCUGUGGAUCGCAGUGCGCACCGACUUAUCAGUGUUCCGGGUGGGUACAAUCACAAUACGGAGCGAUGGGAUGGGCCUAGCGGCGUCCUUGUAUGCAUGGAAGACUACAUUGUGUAUAAGCACCAAGGACAGCCUGAUCACUGUGUCCCAAUCCCAAGGCGUGAGACGUCGUCAGGCAUGAACCGUGGCUCGAUGAUUGUCUCGAGUGUCUUGCAUAAAAUGAAAGCGGCCUUUUUUAUUCUGGUGCAAAACGAAGAUGGCGAUCUGUUUAAAGUGACAAUUGAUCAUGACGAAGAAGAAGUCCAGGCGUUACGUAUCAAGUAUUUUGAUACAGUGCCUGUGGCAAUUAGUCUUACCAUUCUACGAGCUGGUUUCCUGUAUGUGUCUUCAGAAACAGGCGACCAACAAUUGUAUUCGUUCCAGAAACUAGGCAAUGACGAUGACUUGCCGGAGUAUGUAUCUACUUCGUACCCUAAUCACGGAGCUACUCGCGAAAUGCUCCCGCCCACUUUUACGCCUCGGCCCCUGGACAAUAUUGCACUGGCCGAUACGCUGGAAGCUCUUGAUCCUUUGAUGGAUGCCAAGAUCGCCAACCCUCUCAACAAUGACGCGCCGCAGAUUUAUACUGCGUGUGGCCGUGGUGCACGAAGCACUUUUAAGCGUCUGCGUCAUGGAUUGGAGGUCAGUGAAGUGGUUAGCAGUGAACUUCCCGGUGUGCCUGAAGCUGUGUGGGCUACUAAACUGCGUGAAAAGGAUGAAUACGAUGGGUACAUUGUGCUGAGCUUUGUCAAUGGCACAUUGGUACUUAGUAUCAGUGAUACCAUUGAAGAAGUUGUGGACAGUGGUUUUCUUACCACCGAGCCAACUCUGGCUGUGCAGCAGCUAGGACCGGAUGCACUCCUCCAAGUUCACCCUCGGGGUAUUCGCCAUAUUCUUCCGAAUCAGCAAGUGAAUGAAUGGGCCACGCCACUGCUUGACGAUGGCACAUCAACGAAGAUUGUAGCAGCGACGACCAAUGAACGCCAAGUGGUAAUUGCGUUGGAUACACAUGAGAUUGUGUACUUUGAGCUUGAUAUGGACGGCCAGCUAAAUGAAUACCAAGAGCGCCGUAAUAUUGGCGCACAAGUGGUUGCUUUGAGUGUUGCUGCGUGCCCUGAAGGCAGUCAACGAACGCCCUAUGUGGCCAUUGGAUGUGCAGACCAGACUGUGCGCAUCAUCUCGCUGGAUCCAGACUCCACUCUCUCCCCCAUCAGUUUACAGGCACUGACGGCAGUGCCGACAAGUAUUUGCAUUAGUGAAAUGCUGGAUGCGACGAUUGAUCGGCAUCACUUGACUAUGUUUGUGAGUAUUGGCUUGGUCAAUGGCGUGUACAUCCGGACCGUUCUGGACCCGGCCACUGGGCAAUUGACAGAUACGCGAACGCGUUUCCUUGGUAGUCGGCCCGUGAAGUUGGUGCGUGUAAAGGUGCAUGGCGAUACUGCUGUUGUCGCCCUCAGCAGUCGCAGCUGGCUGAAUUACACGCUGCACUCUCAUUUGCAUUUUACCCCUCUCAUGUUCGAUGCUAUGACGCAUGUGUCUAGUUUUAGCACUGAGCUCUGUCCGGAUGGACUUCUUGGUAUUUCUGGUGAGACAUUGCGUAUUUUCACUAUCCCACAACUUGGAGGAGAGCUGAAAAUGGACUCCUUGCCCCUUUCUUACACGCCACGGAAAAUGGCAAUUCAUCCUUCGGACCCGAGUUUGUUUUACGUGGUGGAAUCAGACCAUCGAGUGAACGCGCCCUCGUCGCAAGAGGAUGCAGCGACGUACGGCUUGCCACGUGCGUCUGCGUCCCAUUGGGCCAGCUACAUUCGCAUAGUGGAUGCGAAGAAUAUGUCCACUCGCUAUCAUCUUGCGCUGGAGCAGGACGAGGCGGCCUUCAGUGUGGCUUUGGUACCUUUUGCAGCUGCCGGCAAUGAACUGUUUUUGGUGGUUGGCUCCGCUGUGGGCGUGACGCCCUCCCCUUCGUCUAUGCGUACCGCGUAUUUGACGACCUACCGACUGGUCGACGACGGUCACCGAUUGGAGCUUGUGCACAAGACAGAAGUGGAUGGCGUUCCGCUAGCGAUCCAUGCUUUCCAUGGACGAAUGUUGGCAGGCAUUGGCCCCUAUGUACGCAUUUUUGAGAUGGGGACCAAAAAGCUUUUGCGCAAGUGCCAAAGCAAGCCGUUCCCCUCGCCGGUGGUUUCGUUGAAUGUUCAAGGACUUCGUGUAAUUGUGGGCGAUAUGCAAGAGUCUGUACAUUAUGUUGUGUACAAACAGGCGACGAAUAGCCUAGUAUCCUUUGCAGAUGAUACCAUGCCGCGAUGGACGACAGCGGCGAUUAUGCUCGACUACGAUACUGUUAUGGCAGGGGACAAGUUUGGUAAUUUGUAUAUCCUUCGCAUUGAAUCCGGUGCUUCGAUGGCAUCAGAUGAAGACCCUACUGGCCUGAUGUUGCAGAAUGAGCGCUCCUACCUGAUGGGUGCAGCGCAUCGUGCACAAGUGCUGGCGUUCUACCACUUAGGCGAUAUCAUUACGAGUCUCUCUCUUGAGAGUCUGGUGCCAGGUGGCAAACCCGUGGUGGUGUAUACUGGCCUCAACGGUACGAUCGGUGCGCUUGUGCCUUUUAUCAGCCGCGAGGAUGUCAACAUGUUUACAACGCUCGAAAUGCACCUUCGUCAAGAAAACGUAAGUUUGGUGGGCCGUGAUCAUCUGGCGUACCGUGGGCAAUACGCUGCUGUCAAGUCGGUGGUAGACGGAGAUCUUUGUGAGCUGUAUGCUACUUUGCCCUACGAAAAGCAGCUCUCUAUGGCAGAGGCGCUCGACCGAACACCCAGUGAGAUUGUCAAGAAGUUGGCGCAGAUGCGAGAAACCACCACAGGGUUCUGA